AUGAAGCUAGGAGGAUCAGCGUUGAAUCCGAAAGCAGCAGCUUACGUACCAGUCUCCAAAAGAGACGGUGAUUCUGCAAAUCAUCACGUGCAGCACCAACCCUAUGGUUAUGGAGUCCAAGGAAAGGGAAGUUAUCCAUGUUCUGAAACGUACAUGCCAAAGACAGAAACAGCCUCUGAAAAGCAGAUGAGUGAUGAGGAUUUGGAGAUGGACAUUGACAUUGAGUUUCUUUUAGCCACAUUCUCUAAUUUGUCAUAUGAGUCUAUCAGUGAUGUUUACUUGGCAAAUAAUCAUGAUCUCGAUGCUACUAUCGAAAUGCUGAACCAGCUCGAGAUUUUCAGUAAUGAAGCCGAGGAAUACCUCCCAGAUACACUAAACAUUGGUGAUGUACCUGAAAACAUAGAGUUCUCAACUUCUUCAGCUCCAAAACAAAAGAAUGAAAGUACUGAAGCAAGUGCAUCCCCAAACGCUCCAGUGUCCUCUUCCUGAUUUGUUGAGUCCUUAAAUGAGAAGUUUUUUUAAAAACAUUCUUGUAAUGGAUGAUGUUAAUUAUGAGGUUGAUGGGUGUCUUUAGGAGAUCUCUUUUCUAUAUUUGUU